CGGCUCAGCACCCUGUACUCUGACAGUGACAAUUUUCCCUAGCAUACAAGAACACAGACGGGCUCAGACAGGAUUCACCUGUCUAAACCCACAAGACUGCCUUUGCAGAUUCCAAGAAACCAUUUUGUAGCAAAGAAUGAGUGGGACUACAGAACCUUGCUGAGUUUUCUUGGCUAAUCAGCUAGGCAGGAGAAAUGCUGUAGCCUCAGGUGCUGAAAUGAGCUUAUUAAGGGAAAUUCUGGAAAGGCACCUCCUUGAUUAGGUAGGGAGAUAAGUGUGCUUAAUAAAUAACUGCAUGUUCAACGACUAGAAAAAUACACUGGGCCAAACUCCACUCUCAUUUACUGCUGCUGUAAGUCCAGAGUAACUCUGGAUUUACACUUAUCUGUCUGAGAGCAGAAUUCAGACCCCUAUCUAAAUGGAUGGCAAACACCAAACACGUGUGUGUGUGUGUGUUAUGUUAUGUAAGUGAGUAGUCCCAUGUGUGCCUGUGCAUGAACGUAUGCAAGAAGGAUCACAUGUAUGCAACCAAAAUUGCUGCACCAUGCAACUUUGUAAGCUCAGGGCAUGAGUGUUCUAAUUAAUAUCAUUUCAGAGGCUCCAGUCUGUUUCGUCAGGACUUCACCACAAGAUGGCAUUCUCUGAACUUUCUUUUGUAAGAAAAAACAAAACCCACCACCCACAAUAACAAUAAUAAUUAAGAGGAAACACUCCAAACCCUUCUCAUAUUCUCUGAAAUCUGGGGCAAAGCAAGAAUUGUCAGGAAGUAAUUUCUCCUGUGGCAAAACAAUGAUACUGCUUUCAGUGAGCUGCAUGAGAGAGUGACGGAGAAGUCCCUUUAAAUAAAAAAAGCGAAAUACAGUAUUGUGCAUCUUGAAAUCUGAAACCAAGAAACAGAACUGCAGGGGAAACAAGGGGAAAAAGUCUUGCAAUUUCAGAGGACAAUUGCUGCAAGUGAAGUUUAAGGAGCAAAAUAUAUGUAUAUACAUUUCAAAGGCAUUGAAUGGCAUUUUUGGAGAAGGCUGUGAAAUAAGGGAGCUUUGGAAGAAGAGAACUUUUUUCCCCCUUUCUGGAUACAAUGGCCAUUGCAAAGCAAAGAGUCUUGAGAUUCGGCUUCAGAUUUCUUUUCUUCGCAACGUUUGUGUUAGCCUGUGAUGGACAAGGUGGAAAUAAAGAGAAUGGAGGUCCUGCUUGUUAUGGUGGAUUUGAUUUGUACUUCAUUUUAGACAAGUCAGGAAGCGUCCUGCACCACUGGAAUGAAAUCUAUUUUUUUGUAGAACAUCUUGCCCACAAGUUCAUAAGCCCCCAGCUGAGGAUGUCAUUCAUUGUUUUCUCAACUAGAGGCUCAACUCUAAUGAGGUUAACUGAAGACAGGGAUCAGAUACGUCAAGGCCUAGAAGAGCUGCAGAAAGUUCUGCCAGGAGGCGACACUUACAUGCACGAAGGAUUUGAAAGGGCAAGCGAACAGAUUUACUAUGAAAAUGUGCAAGGUUACAGAACUGCUAGUGUCAUCAUUGCGCUGACGGAUGGCGAACUCCAUGAAGACCUCUUCUUUUACGCUGAGCGUGAGGCUAAUCGAUCUCGUGACCUGGGAGCCACAGUGUACUGUGUUGGGGUGAAAGAUUUCAAUGAAACACAGCUGGCUCGAAUUGCUGACAGCAAGGAUCAUGUCUUCCCAGUGAAUGACGGCUUUGAAGCCCUGCAGGGGAUCAUAGAUUCUAUUUUGAAGAAAUCAUGCAUAGAGAUUCUUGCAGCGGAGCCUUCCAGUAUAUGUGCAGGAGAGUCGUUCCAAGUCGUGGUGAGAGGGAAUGGUUUCCGACACGCCCGGAAUGUCGAUCGAGUGCUCUGCAGCUUCAGGAUCAAUGAAACGGUUACUGUCAAUGAGAAACCUUUCGUAGUAGAAGAUACCUAUUUGCUCUGCCCAGCACCUGUAUUACGAGAAGUUGGCAUGGAGGCAGCUCUUCAGGUCAGCAUGAAUGACGGCCUCAGUUUCAUCUCAAGCUCGGUCAUCAUCUCCAGCACACACUGUUCUGAUGGGACCAUCCUGGCCAUCGCCUUGUUGAUCCUAUUCCUUCUCCUGAUGCUGGCUCUGCUCUGGUGGUUCUGGCCUCUCUGCUGCACAGUGAUUAUCAAAGAGCCCCCACCACCCCCUGAAGAGGACAGUGAGGAAGAAGAUGACGAUGGCCUUCCUAAGAAGAAGUGGCCAACGGUCGAUGCGUCUUACUAUGGUGGGCGAGGUGUUGGUGGCAUUAAAAGGAUGGAGGUCCGCUGGGGAGAAAAGGGCUCCACAGAAGAAGGGGCUAAGCUAGAGAAAGCCAAGAAUGCCAGAGUGAAGAUGCCAGAGCAAGAAUAUGAAUUCCCAGAACCCAGGAACCUGGGAAAUAGCAUGCGCAGGUCCUCUUCUCCCAGGAGGUGGUACACGCCAAUCAAGGGCAAGUUGGAUGCUCUCUGGGUGCUGCUGCGGAAAGGCUAUGAUCGUGUGUCUGUCAUGCGCCCCCAGCCUGGAGACCAGGGCCGCUGUAUCAAUUUCACCCGAGUGAAGAAUGCUGAGGCACUGCCGAAAUACCCACUCAACCACACACACCCACCCUCUUCUCCACCCCCUGCCCCGAUUUACAAUCCUCCACCCCCUGCCCCAAUCUAUACCCCACCUCCUCCCAGUUCUCCCACUCCUCCCACCCCAUCCCCAUCAUCCACUCUCCCUCCACUGCCCCCGCCUCCCCAGGCCCCGGCCCCCAACCGAGCCCCUCCUCCCUCCAGGCCCCCCCCUCGCCCUUCUGUCUAGAGGUUCAGCCUUGUCCCUCUCUCUUCCAGAAGCAUUCGGAGGGUUCUUUCAGCAGUACUGUAACAAACCUGUCUUGGGGGGGUUAUAGGAGGCCUUUACAUUCUGAAAUGGGUGACAAUAGAACAAACCACUUAUUAGUCUUUUUAUCUAUUUAUAUAUAAUCCCACAAUGCAUCAAGCGUCGCCAAACGAGCAAGGAGACAAAAUCCAGGGGGCUGCAAAAAUGAGGCCACUGGAGAAACAUCAAUCACUAAUGUUCGCUUCAGCGGGUUCUUGCCCCCUCCCAUCCUCUGUGAGUUACCACAGUGAUCCUGGAAGAAAUUGGAAAUUAGACUAGCUCUUAGAAAAUUCAGAGACCACAGGGCAAUCCUCCACGGUGAAGGGCACAGCUGAAAGCUUCCUACAGACCAUGUGGACAUCACAAUGGACUACUUUGCCGUGACUGCGUGAGUUCUCUUCUUGUUGCAGUGCUUCAGAUUAAUAUGGAAAGCUGAUUAUUCUCACACACCUGUGAACAGCAGGAUAAUAUAACGAGGAGUGUUAGACCUUUGAUUUUUAAUCUGGAAAAAAAAAAAAAAAGCAGCCAUCCCAAUGGACUUUGUUCUAGAGAAUGAAUGGGGC